GCCUGGAAUGCCGAGAGAGUGGGACCUCAAGAAGGUGUACUGGCCAUUCCCGAUCCGGUCAGGACGGAGGGACCACCGGGAAGGUGUGCGAGGGAAGCUGGAGUGGCGGGCGCAGUAGGCCGAGACCCGGACCGCCAUGGAGCUGUAUCUCAGCGCCUGCUCCAAGGCUGCUAAUGUUGCAGCCUCCAAGACAGCCACUACUAGCAUAGCCACGGAUAACCAGCAGUGCGGAGAUGGUGCACAAAAAACCCACUUUCCAGGAGUUGGAGCAGCUCAACUGCUGGAUCUUCCUCUUGGGAAGAAGCUGCCUGUGAUCCCAGGAAGCCAUACUCUAUACUACACUACAAAUUUAAGUGAAAAGCUUUUUCGACCUUCUUAUGAUUUUAACCUGACUGAUCCUUAUUGUCGACUUUUGGAGAACCAGUAUAAAAGUCUUCAUGAUCCACAUUUAAGAUCAUAUUAUAAACGUAAAGAUAUCCUGAGGAAAUUAAAGAAAGGUGGCUACAUCACCAGCAAUAAUAAAAUUGUAUGUACCUUGAGGGAAUUGAAUAAGUACAGGCAAUAUCUUACCAGUUUAAAAUUAGACUUUGAAAGAAACUAUAUAAGAGAACAAGAGGGCACCCAACCCAUUAAGGACCAGGAACAAUUAAUAAGACACAGGUAUUUGAAUAUGAUAAGUAAGGAAUUAGAACACCUUGAGCGCACUGCAGAAGAGCAGCGCCUACUCCAGAUGGAGAGAGAAGAAAGAUAUCAGCGGGAACAGGCAAGAAGAAAACUUAGUCUUCGUCGAAAAAUGGAAGAGGAAUGGAAGACGAAAGAAUUGUUACUUCUGACAAGGAUUGGAGAAGAUGUUAAAAGAGAAGCUAGGAUAGAGGAACAGCGGCGUAGAAACAGAGAAGAAAGUGACAGGAAGAAACAAGCUCUUCUAGAGAAAAAAAUGGCUUAUCAUUUACAAAAAAUGCAAGGAAAUGGCUGUAAAAGAGAAGACACAGAAAAAACUACAUUUGAUCACAGAGGACAAGAUGGUACAUAUCUUGGAUCUUAUCCAAAGAAGAAAAAGAAGAUAUAUGAUGAUGCAAAGGUACUUUAUCCUGCUGAUGAACACAAAGCAAAUAAAGAAACAUAUGGAUCUACAGUCAGUGGUAUUCAUCAUUCUCGAAGUAAUUUAAAGAAUAUUGCGAACACAAAUUCAGUUGCUUGCCACUCAAAUGUACAAGAUAAUGAUACUGAACAAAAGAGAGAUGGAAUGAAUACUAAAAAAGAUAGUGAUGAUAAAGGCAUUACAGAAGUCUCAGCACAAAAUUUUGCUAUGUCAGCUCAUAUUUCAGCCACAAGAAAGUUUAACAAACCUUCACAAUCUUAUUUGGAGCCUCCAAAACAUGAGGAGAGAAAUGGCGACUGGAAUGAAAAGCCAAAUAAGAAAUCAAGCUACAUCGGUGAAACAAAAUCUCAGGCUCAUACUACAGCCCAGGAUAUUUUCCCUACUUGUGCUUUCUCGAAUGCACAACAGAAGCUCCCCCAAAGACACUUGCAGGAAAAAGUAACUUCUGAAGAACUGAAUAGUAUAAUUCAUAAUAUAAUGACCUGGGUUGUGGCUACAGUGACUAGCAUAUUAUACCCAGCCAUCACAAAGUAUGAACAAAGAUUGAGAAACAAUGUAUACCCUGUGUCUGAGGACUCUAUCCUCUCUUCAGAUAGUUCGAGUUUCUGUAGCACAUGCAGUGAAGAAUUUACAUAUAGAAGCUACACAUCAGCAACAACUAAAGCCUUUCAGGGAGAGCCCUGUGCAUUUGCAGUUGACAUAUCAGUAAGACAACCAACCACAACUUUAAAACCACCUUCUGCCCAUGUGGAAAGAACAGUUGUUGGAAAAACGUAUCACUUGAAAGGACAAUCUAUAACAUCUGAACUCAAAUAUAAUAAAACCAGCAUGACAUAUGUAUGCCCUGGGCUAAGAAGUAGUAAAUCCGAUAGUCACCUUUUAACAGCAUUUGAAACAGCCACCAAAAAGUGUAAGGAUGCAGCCACUGAAACAGAUAACUUAGAGAGUUCACUGCUUUCUGAUCAAAAAGCAAAAGCCGUGAAUGAAGUGAAAAAUUUAAACAAUGUUUUUGUUAACUUUAGGUGUCACUUAAAAGGAGAAACUGAAUUGAUUUUAGAAAGCAUCUUUCAAGAAAUAAUGUCUGAUUUAACACAGGCUAUUCCCUCUCUUUCUUCUGUAACUGCUGAAGUUUUUGUUGACCCAGGUGAGCCUGAAAAAGAUGUCCUCUCCGAUGUUGAUAUAGCAUCAGUAGCUUCAGAGAUCGUGGAUAAUAUGCUUGAAAAACUACAGUCUGCAGUUGAGAAAAAAUGUGUUGAGAUGUAUUCCCAAGAAGAUUUGUCAGUCGACAUUAAACCAAGUUUAACACCCAGUGAAGAAAAUCUUACUUCAUCAAAUGGAAAACCUUUGAAAGCUUCAGUGCCUUCUACUUUGGAACCCAUGUGUGAUAUUGCAGAGGAUAUGGUGCAUGCCAUUUUAGAAAAGCUGAUGACUCUUACGUCUUCUAAGCAAAAUAAAAUUCCUCAUCUUGACGAUGCAACCAAACUUUCCUAUCAGAAACAUAUGGCAGACCCAACAUGUGUGCCCUUUAAAAGAACUGACAGAGAGAAAUGUAGCCCUACACCUGAUGCAGAUAAUUUAAUUGUUAAAGAGAAAAUUAAAAAAUUAAUAUCAAGUAUUUUUUCCCAGUCCUCUUUGGUUGGCUAUAUAGAGGAAGCAGUCAAUACAAUACUAGGGUAUGUACAAACUGAACUUAAUAAUGAGAAACUUAUUGCUUCUGAAGAAACAGUGAUACUCCUUCAAUUUCUGAAUGAUCUCUUCACCCAGCUCCAUAAAAAGCCAGUAAAGGCAGAUGUUCAAAAAUGUAAACACUCUAGACUGAGAAAUCUUUCUGACCCUGAUGAGAAGUACAGACUCACUGGUACUAGGUUAUCGAAUCGUUCAAUGUCUGGAAGACCGUUUUCUCCUGUUAAUGUUCCUGGCAUGGUCCUUUAUUCUGAAGAUGAUAAUGAAGAAAUAGACAGAAUUGUAAAAAAUGUGCUUGAUUCAUCUUUCAAUGAUGAAACAAAAUCACAACAGAUUCCUGAGCCUUGGCUUACAAAAGGAGACACUUGUUUUGAAUAUCAAAGAAAUACCAAACUACCUGCAAAACUUGCUUCUCCAAGAAGCAAAGCUGCAUUUCUUGAUGCAGGAUUAAAGACUGAGCUACCAUCUUUAAAUAAUAAAUCAAUUUUGAAGGAAAGAUCCUGUUUGAAUAAAAAUAUUUUGAUUUUCAGCCAAGAAGAAAAGCAUCAAAUACAAAAGGCCUCAGAAAACAUAGUUAAAAGUAUUUUCUCAGAAUUGCUCAAGAAUAUAUCUUCUGUUCCUCCCAGUUCCACGGACAGUAAACCUAGCAAAGCAGCUUCUGUUUUUAUUUCAGAAAAACCUCUAGGUCUCUCACAUCAAGAAUGGACAGACCAGAUGUUCUCUGUGUCAGAAGUCAGUGCAAUGGCUCAAGACAUAACAGAAGCUGUGUUAAAUAUACUUCAUAAGGCAUCAAGCUGCUUUCCCAAUACCACCAAAAGUUGCAUUUCAUCAUCAGUUCAUCAAAGUUCUCGAGAUAGUUCUGAAACUGCCCACAUGGUGAAAGAAGCCCCAAAUAAAAAGCCAUUAAAAAUAUGGUUUGAGAGUGAAAGGAAAAUGAAAUAUUUAACUUCACUCAAUUCAGAUUCUUCAAAGACUACCCUAUCAAAACUUGAAGAAAGUGAAACUGAACCUGUAGAUAACAUUAAUAAUAAGAUCAUUAAUACAGUUUUUGAAAGGCUGAAAUCAUUCAUCUGUCCCAAAUUGCAAAUGUGCCUCAAAUCUUCACCUGCACAGCAAUCUUCAUUCCAAUCUCAACUUAGUACUUAUACAACUAAAGUGGUAAAUAUUGUUUUGCAUGCUAUCCAGAAUGAACUGGAACUUAAUAAGAAAAACGUAAGACCUAAGGAGAGAGACCAUACCAAAUGCCUUAGAAAUAAAGGAUUUUUUGCUGACAAUGAUGAAUUAGAAUCUCAUCUCUCAAACUCUGAUGAUGACAUUAUGGCAUCCCCAUUACUAACUUGUAUUUGUGAGAUGUUAUCAAGUAGACACUCAGAUCAAAGUAAUAUUUCACUCCCUUCAGAUGUGUCAAAGCCUGCAACUUCAUAUAAAUCUGACAUUUUUGAUAAACAAAACAUUUUGCCAAGUAGGCAGGAUAAAAAAUCAUUUUACAAAUAUUUGGCUACUCCUUGUGCUCUCCAUAGUAUCUCCAAUGGAAAAGACUGGAAAGAGAAUGCCAGGUUGAAGGUGUUAGAUAAUAUUGGGGAAGUACUACUUGAAAUGUUAUGGAAGCUCAUAGGAGCCCAUCCUCACUCUCAACCAUCUUGUAGUAAGCUGACCAGAGACAGGAUGAAAGAGAAACAGCCAACAUCUUAUGACUUGCAGUCUAAUAUUCAGCUCAUUUCCAAAGCAAUUUUGGAAUAUAUCCUUACAAGACUGUGUAAUAUUGACAUGGAUACCAGUUUUGCGGAUUCUGGAUCUAAAGAUUCCACAGAAUCUCCAGAUAUUGACAAUCUAUCAUUUGCUUCAAUUAUUGAGGGAAUAACCAAAUGUGUGGACAUGAUUUCCAGCAUAGUUUCCAGGAUGAUUCCAGAGGGCGAUAAAGAGGAGACUAAAAGCAAGGCAGAGACUACUGUUCCUGUGUCUUCCAAAACAGGGGACAUGAAAGAAAGGCAUUCAAAGAAACUUAAAGCUGUGGCUUCAGAUAUUCUUAAUGUGGUUUUUGCUAAACUGGAAGGCUUUGCCCAUGGAAAUUUAGAAACUCUGGGUUCUAUUAAUGGGAAUAAAAAAAGCAGUAAGAUGGAAUGUGAAAGUACCAAUGUUUUCAUAGACACACAUGAAGAAAAACUAUUUCAGUCUACUUUAUAUGUGCAUGCAAAGAAAAUAUCAAGUGCUAUUUUGAAAGCUAUUCAGGCAGAAUUAAAUACCAACUUGUUAGAUUUGAGGACAGAUGCAAAAUCCCUACCAUCUGAGAAACAAAUGCUUAACAAUAUAGUAAAUUUAAUAUUAGAUGCAGUAUCUGCAGAUAUGUUUAAUGAAACUGAAUCUGAAGAGAGAGGAACUGAAACUUAUCAUUAUAGACCAACCUAUGGAAAUCACCUUCCUGGUGGAGCUGAAUCAGAUUCAUUUCAGGAAGAUGAUACACGUACAGAAAAAGAAUUAAUGGGAAAGAAAAUACCACUAAGGGAAGAAACUAAAUCAGAUUCUCUUAAAUAUGGUUUUAAAACAUGGGUUCUAGAAAGAACCUUAAAUAGAAUUGAAGUGAAACUCAAAGAACCACAGAAAUCUCCAAUCAUUCCCAUUAUUAGAAAUAUUUUGAAUGAAAUUUUUCAAAAUGCUUUGGUCAGUCAGUUAAAUGUGCUUUCUCUCUCUCAUCUAAGUGGCAUUCCUCACAAUGUCAAUGAACCAAUCACUCAAUCUUCUGAGCAAUUUAUAGAUAAAAGAAUGGCUCCGUUAGUGUCUGAAUCAGAUGUAACAAUAGUGGUGGAUGAUGUUGUUAAAACUGUAUUUCAUAAACUUUAUUCAGCUGCCGUCACAGACAGAAAUGCAGAUGAAAAUAGAUAUAAAACCAUCACCUUUUCAACAAAUGUUUCUUUUCAUGAACACAUUGGUGGGAGUGAGUCCUCCAUUUCCGUGCUAGACAAGAAUCCAUAUACUUUACAAUCAAGAUUUAACAUUAAUGAACAGGCCAAAGUAAAUGUAGUUAAAGAUAUUGUACAGGCAGUAUUAACAAAUUUAGAAACUUUUGCUACUUCCAAAGUAAAUUCUCUCUUUUGUCCCCAAAUCAACUUUACAAUUCCAUUACCUUUACCUGUUCAAUCAGAUAAGAGUGCACUAAGUGAAGCAUUAUCAGUCAAACAUUCUUAUUCGGAUGGUCCAUUUUCCUUUUGCCCAGCAAAUCAUAUCAAAUCAGAAAAGAUCAACUCACUGUCUCAACUCUCUUUGAAUAAAUUAAACACAUAUGCAACAGAAGUGGCUAGAAAAAUUUUACAAGGAAUCAAACAUGAGUUAGAUACCGAAAGAGAAAGUCCUUUCUCAACUCAUAACACUGUGGUUUCUGAAAGUAUUGCAAGUCAUGUUGUUAACACCAUGUUAGAUAUUGUAUCAUCUAAAGGUAAAUGUGACAUAAACAAUCCUGACAAGGAGACUGAUUGCAGUCACCAAGAAGGUAUUAUUGAAAAGCUGUUCAACAAGACUGACUAUCGAAAAAUACUUCAAAUUCAAAUACAAGAUACCAUCGAAAGUAUAUUAUGUGAUAUUUAUGAAAAAACAUUGUAUCAGAAUAAUCUCUCAUUUGCCACACCCACUCUAACAUGGAGCAUAGCUGGUAAAUAUCCCAGAGCAAAUUCUAAAAUGUUCAUUGAGGGUACAGAUAAAGUUAAUCCAAAACAUCCUGUUCCUAAAUCUGAUGUCAUUUUGAUAUCCAACGAUAUAGUUGAUAUUGUUCUUCAUAACCUCAGUUGUGCUGUCAUGCUUGGUAUAAAUGCAAAGGAUCCUCCUUCUGCAAGAUUAUCCCUGACCUUUUGUGAUACGUUUCCAAAAGCAGAGUGUCAACAAUCUCCUCCUGUGGGGUCAAGAAGUGAGAGAAAAAUAGAGUAUUUUCCAUCUUCAAGAAAUCUAAAACCAGUUUAUGCAGAUGACAAGAUAAGUGUAGUAGAGGAAAAAAACAUCAAGAAAUCUGUUGCUGACCCAUAUGAAGAAAAUGCUAAUUUUAUUACCAAGACUAUUUUUGAUCGGUUAGAAUCUUUUGCCACAGAAAGAAUAGAUUCCUUAAUUAAUCUUGCUUUCCUAUCUAAAGAAGAGCCACUUGUUAGCUCAGAACUGGAAAAUAGUAAACAAGAUAACAGAAUCAGUCAUGAGUCAAGUCAAGUAGAAUCAAAUGUAAAUAUUCUUAAAAUAUCAACUGAAACUAUUUACAACCAAGAGCUCUCUUUUUCUAGUUACAGAGAAAAACUUGGAUCAACAAUUCAUUUAUCAAAAGCUAGUCUUAAGGAAUAUGCUGACAUCAUUGCAUGUGCCAUUUUGAAACUUAUUAAAAAUGACUUAGACCUAGAAAUCCAAAAGAGACAUACAUACCCAGAAAACACUGCAUUCCAAGAAAAUAUCACUGUGAGUGAAACUGUCAACAGUAUCUUAAAGAUUUUAUAUGAUAAAAGAACUGCAAAGGAGACUACUUUUUACUCAAAAGAUAAUUCUAACUUAUUUUCACAAUUAAGUAUAUCAAAUGAAACACUACUGGAACAAAAUGAACGAGAAGAAAACACUGACCUACCUCUGUUUUCAAAGCACCCAUUGGAACACAACCAAAUGUUAGAAAAAGAAAGCCAGAGAAUUGUUUUGGAAAAAAUAUUUAUGAGAACUAGAGAAUCAAAACAAAAAGAAAAAAAUGCAUUUCUCAGUGUUGUGGAAGAAGUUUUAAAUAAAGUAUAUCAAAAAAUUAUGGAAACCACAGGCAAUAUUUCUCCAUUUAAUGAAAUCUCCCACUUUACACCUAAUUCCAAAAUGAAAACAUUACACGUAACACAAAAAAACAUCUUCCAGUCACGUAUUAACAGUGUAGCAAAUGACAUAGUUGAAAGUGUUUUGGGGAAAAUGUACUCUAUAGUUGUGAGAUCAAUAUAUAAAAGUGGAGAAGAAGAAGCAUCUGACAACAAUGAUAACUUACCCAAGAAAUCAUCAUACAUCAGAGAAAUGAAACAAGCAGGAAAAGGGAUUAAUCCCACUAGAUCCCUGAUACCACAGGUUUCUCCUUAUUCAGGUCGUCAAUCUGUUUCUCUACUGGAAAACACUUUUUCACAACAUUCACCAUUACAGGCGGGGAAGGAUUUAGUCCAAAUGGUUCUCAAUAAGAUCACAAAUUUUGCCUCACUUCAUCUGGAAGAGGGCUUGCCCUCCAAAGGUUGUUCUGAGGAGGUGUCACACAGUUCUAAAGGAAGCCCUAAGGGCAGCCCUAAGUCAGGUUUUAAAUCAAGUUUAAAAUCAAGAACCAAAGUUACUCAUUUGCCAAAAUUUAAAACAAGAGCACACCUAGGGUCUAGUGGUGUUAAGGCCAAAAGCAAGACCAAGUUAAGUCUUGGAGAGAUGCCUUCAUGCGAUAACUGGUCCAAGACUUCCAUUAGGCUGCCACACAUCCUAUCAAGAGAUGAUACCAAAAACUUAUUGGGAACAAAACUGCCCACUUCAGAACUAAAAAUGUAUGCCAAGAAUGUAAUAAGUAAUAUCUUGGAAACAACUGUAAUGGAACUUGAAAAGGUGACACAAAGUAGAACAAUGGUAAAAGCUCAAGCUUUACCAUGUGAUCAAAUCAUGGCAGCAAAUAAAAUAGUAAAUACAAUUUUGCAAGGAUUACAUGCUACAAAAAACUGCACGUUGGCUUUCUCACAUCUGGAUGAUCUGAAGCUUUCACAGGGUAAUAUUAGUUCUGAGUCUCUUGCCAAACCACAAGCAGGUUUUUACCUGGAAAAUGUUUCUUCACAGUUAGAACAGAUUUUCCCUAAAGAAGGUCUAUUUAGAAAAACAUUUGACAAAUGGCAAGCAGAAUCAAAUGACAUGGAAAAUGAAAAAUGCAAACUUCUGAUGAUAGCUGAAACCGUUUUGACUGAAAUUUCAAUAAAAGCACAAGAAUUAGAAUAUUCACUUUCACUUUUAAAUUUGCCACCUCUUGAAGAUUGUGAAGGCAGAUUCCAUAAUCGUUUUAAAGGAGCUUCAACUAGGGCUGACGAUAUCAAAACACAAAUCAAUAUAUUUGGAAAGGAAAUUGUGGAAAUGCUAUUGGAAAACUUACAAUUGUGCUUUUUGUCCCAGAUGCCCACUCCUGAUAGUAAAGAAACUCUGCCAAGAAGGAAUGAACACAGCAUCACUAAAAGUAAAUAUGUUGUUCCAACUAAGGAUGUCCUCACCAGUGUACAAAUCUAUAACACAAAGACAGAAGACCCAAUUGCUUUUGGCUCUAGCAAUCGAAUUGUUCGAGAGAUUGUAGAAAGGGUUAUAAACAUGUUAGAGUCAUUUGUAGACUUGCAAUUUAAACAUAUCUCUAAAUAUGAGUUUUCUGAAAUAGUGAAAAUGCCUAUAGAAAACCUUUUUCCUGUCCAACAGAGACUGUUAAGCAAAAAGAUGUUGCCAAAAGUACAGCCACUGAAAAAGUGUUAUGAUGAAUCCAAGUCAAGUACUAUUUCCAAAGAAAGCAUACAGAACACCCUUCUACAAGUUCAUUCAUUUCACUCAGAAUUAUUUACAUAUGCUGUUAAUAUCAUCAAUGACAUGCUUGGUAUAAUUAAGAAUAAAUUAAACCAAGAAAUAAGCCAAGAGAAGCCACCUUCAAUUAGCAUAUUGAAAGAAAACAUUGCAGCAAGUGAGAUCAUUGGCACACUGAUAUAUGAGUGUACCCAUUUUCAUGAAUCUUUGAUCAAAAACCUUCCAAAGGAAAAUGUGUUCCAAGGAAGAGAAAAUUCCUACAUUGUUAAUCAUGUUGAAUUAGCAACUAAUAUGGAAAUGCCAACAGCAAGGGUAAAGGAAGUUUCUUAUGGGAAUAGUCCUACACUAAUCAAUGCACCUGGUUUGGUGUUUUAUUCAGAGGAAGAUAUGAAAAAACAGUAUAGAGCUUCAUCAAAUUUACAGACAUAUGACAGAGCUUCUGUAAAAGACACAAUUAAAAACUCACAACCAAUGGAAAUGUCUGAUUUAGAAAAUAUGCCAUCUAGCUCUAGAAACAAAAUUCAAGAUUACAGCCCAAGGCAAUCUAAUUUUGACCAUUUUGGUCAAAGCAUGAGAGAAAGCUCCCUACCAGAAGGCAGUGUCUUACAAAAACUGUUCAAGAAAGCAAAUGAAUCCACAGAAGCAACAUUAAAAGAAGUCAUGUCAUUCAUAGAAAUGGGAAAAGGUGAAAAUCCAAGAGUGUUCCAUUAUCAGACCUCAAAACCAGUUCGUGAGCCAAACCAAAUUCAGACAACUGUUUCUCCACUCAAAAUAUGUUUAGCUGCAGAAAAUAUUGUCAACACCGUACUGUCAAGCUAUGGCUUCCCAAGUCAACCAUUCAUUAAUGAUAGUAUGGAGACAAUAAAACCAUUUUUCAUAUCAAAGCAAAACACUUUUUCUGACAUAACUGAAGAACAAAAGAAUGAGGAGAAAAGUUUGCUUAGAAUAUGGGAUAAGCGAAUCACCUGUUUACCUGAAGGAGAAAGCAAAGAAGCCAGUGGAGAGUAUUUUUCCCUAUUGCAAAAAUGGAAAAAUAAGACAUGCCCAACAAUAAAGGCUCUGAAGAAAGCUGAACUUAUUGCUUUUGCUGAUUAUGAACUUGGUCCAAAUGAAAUUCAUUUGGUAGCAAGACAUGUCACCACAUCUGUGAUCACAUUUUUCAAGAACUUCAAAACUACAGUUUCCAGUGAGGAAAAGAUAUCUAUUGUUUCUACAUUGUCAAGAAAAAUAUAUGAAUCAAAGCAGCCUUUUAGAAGCAUAUAUAAUAAUUCUUCACUUUAUCAAUUUUGUGAAUAUCUCACUGAGUCUGUCAUUUAUCAUUUAAUUUCAAGCAUUUCUGAUAGUACUGAAGAUGGCAGAGAAAAUGAGAAACCCUGGAAAAGCCAAGAUACAUCAUUUAACCAGAGUAUUUCAAUUGAUUCACAAAUGUUCAAAAGCAGGUCAAUUUCGAUAGGAGAAAUUGCUUUAAGUAUUUCUGAAAUAAUUACUGAGAUCCUCUUUAAUAGCAACAUUAUAGAGGCUGAGAUUGCACAGAAAACAUUUUCUUUAAAAACAAAGUACAUUUACUGCACAGGAAUAGCUGUUUCUGACUUUGAUGAUCUCUUUCAGGAUCUCUUAAUAGGAGUGAUUCAUGUAUUAUCCAAAGAAAUAGGGUUAAAUCAUCACCUUGAAAGUAAUGGAAUAAAGAAGUCUUUUUCCUUGCUUAAAACCCAUAGCAUUCCCAUUUGCAACAAAACAAAUACCACGGGAAGACAGACAGACUCCAAAAAUAAGGAAUCAUCUAUACACCGAACUGCUCAUCUCAUUCAAAAAAACAAAUUAAAUUAUCUGGCAGUUAAGUUAGACAGUUUGGUUGACAGCCUAAAAACUCCUGAAUCCAAAGAAGUAGUCAAUAAAGUAUUUAGUAUCGUUUUAGACUUAUUUUUACCAGAUGAAUACCAAGGUGAGUCUAUGGAUUCUGAUAAGAGGGCAAGAACAUUUUUCUUAUCCUCAGAUGAUCAACAAAAUAGUAGCAGUCUUGAAAAUAACCUAGGACUCACCCCAAAGUCUAUUUUUCUUCUCAAUGUCAUAUGUGAGAAACUCAUUAGAACUCUUUUGGAAAAAUGCACGAACAAUGUCUUUCUUGAUAAUGACUCUUUCUUUGAUGAAACAUCAGCAGAAGAAUGUCAACUUCUAAAAAGUUUAGAAGAUGAAGAAUUGGGUUAUUUUAAUGGAGCUAUGGAUUGUGAACAAUUUCAAGGAAAUUAUAUGUCAGAUCUCUUGGAAAAUCUGGCAGAUAUGGAUAAAGAUUUAUUGUCAUCAGACUCUAUGCUUACUGUUAUUUCUCACAGCUUGGUUAAAUCACUGAUGGACAAACUAUCUCAUAGUAUACAAUUUCCCCAAAGUCCACCUUUUACAAGCAAGCAUCUUAAAUAUAGGACAAGAAAAAGACAAUCUAGCUCCAUAAAAGCAAAAAGACCAGAGCUAACAGUACAAAGUAAAAGCUCUUUAGGAUUCAUAAGUGAUAACAGUUAUGCUUUGACAGGAUCCUUAAAUAGUCCCAGUGUGGUUCGUUCCAAAAUACAAGCACCAUUUGGCAAAAAGUAUUCAGUGAAUUCCCCUUAUUUGUCACCUUUGAAAAGGCCAGAAGCAAAAAAUAUGGAUACAUUACAAAUCAAUGAUAAGCUCUAUCCAGAUUACAAGAAUACACGUGUUUAUUCAGCCAUGUUUUUAGAGGAAAUAAUUUCAGAACUGUUUCUUAAUCUUUCUACUUCCCUGUGGAGUCAACAUGAACGCAUUACUGAGACCCAGCUCAACGAGAUGAACAUAAUAUUAAUCAACAAUGUAGUGGAUGAAUUUAAUAAUUCACAAGUCAGUGUUUUAAGGAAUGUUGAAGAAAAACUGUGUUUCCCGCCAAUCCAUAAAGAAACUGUUAGUAGGAUUGUUAAUUCCAUUUACUGUGAUGUUUUACAACAAUAUAAAAUGAAAGUGACCUAUGGUAAAAUUCUGUCACAUGACAGUAAUUCAAUAGUAAAGCAAAUAACUAAUGGCUUAUUGUUAGAGACUUUAGAUUACCAGCUCCCAGCCUGCUUCAGAGAAAAGCUCAUACCUAGCUCGUAUUACCCCCUCAAUGCUGAAGUUAUAUUGAAGAAACUUCAAAAUAACCUGAGAGAAUUUACUUCCAAAGCCAGGUCUUCAACAGGCUAUUGUACCAUGUUAUCACACUCCUUUUUAGAAGAUACCAUCAGAAGGCUUUUAUCUCAACUCAUUCCUCCACCCAGCAAGACUCCCUCUUUGGGAAAACAGUAUGUCAUGAGUUCAGAUACUAAUGAAAAGUCCACUUGUAUAGUAGAUAAGGUUAUAGCAGCUAUUUCAAAACAUAACAUUUGGCUCACUAUGUAUGAUAAUCAAUAUCUCUAUAUAGGUGAAAACCUCCAAAAGAUGGUGGAUUCUGUUUAUAGUAAUCUUGUGCAGAUGUCAGACUCUAUUGUUUCCAUACAGAAAAGUAUAGUCAGCCAAAGCCCAGUCAUGGUUGACAGAAUAGCCAGUCUUAUUAUUCAGGAGAUUGUUGAAAAUCACCUCCAGCCAUUUUUGUUUGGAGGAAGCUUAUCUCGUCCAAAAACUCCACUGGAUUCAGUAUCAACUAUGGUUAAACAAAUUCUCGGUGAAGUCAUUGAAUCUCACAGACCCCAGAAACAAUCACCCUCAGGCAUUUACUCUGAUACAUUUGUAAGGGAAAUUGUUGCCAGACUUCUAUCAAAGGUUUUCAGUGCAAAGCACAACACCGAAAUUGAAAUGGAAAACAUGACCCAAAAAAUAGUAAACUCAAUAAAUAGCCAUUUUGAAAGAGCUGAAAUUAACAUUCCAAAUGGCAGCACACAACAGUUGUCCCCUUUUGCGGAUUCAGAUACUGUGGAUCACCUUGUUACCACAGUGUACAGAAAUGUUUUGAAACAGCAUGGACUAGAUCCUGAUGAUGAUAAAGAUACAAAAGACACCGAUGAUUUUGUGGAAAAAAUUACCAAGUUAGUUACAGCAGCUAUUUCAGAUUAUCUUCUUCACCCACUGCUAUCUGGGGAUUUGCCAACUUCUUCCUGCUCCAUGUCAAGAGCUGAGAAUAUUGUUCAGGAUAUCCUAAGUAAUAUCAGUAAAUCUACCAAGCCUGGUCAGAGUUUAUCUCCAUAUAAUACAUUGCUGCCAUACACAUUUUUAGAAGACAUGGUCAGAAUACUAUUAUCUAAAAUCUUUCCAUCUACAACUGGUAGUGUUCCAAACAGAGAAACACUGAAAGAGAGAUCAAGAGAAAAUUUCAAUGAAGUUGCUUCAAAACUAAUCAGUGAUAUUAGGAUGAAAAUUUCCCAACAUGAAAUUCGAUUUUCAAAUGAUGAAGAAACUAAGUCUAUAUAUUCAGAAGAUGAGGUUCAGCAUCUUGUUGACUCAGUAUUCGAAAAUAUUUCACAAGACUCUGAAUAUUCAGAAUCAGUUGAGCAAAACAUCACAAGCAGUAGUGAUACAUUUAUUGACAGAAUAGCAGGCUUUAUCAUUAAAUAUAUCAGUAAACAACAUCUUCAACCAUUUGUGGAUGGAAAGUCAUCAUCUUCAUCAUCCACAAAUCUUGACAAUGAGGGAGGGCAAUGGUUUUAUGCCAGUGUUUACUCCUCAACUUUUUUAGAAAAUGUGGUCGCUGGGGUUUUAGGUAAAAUAUUCCACAGGAUGAUAGGCAUUGUACAAACAAAAUCAGUAAUACAUGCAGAAGAUGAACUAUUUGAUAAAGCUGAAAAACUCAUACAUUUGAUAGCAGAGGAAUUUUCAAAAUCCCAAGUUAAGAUUCUUGAAAAUGCUGAGGAGCAGUUGUGUUUGCCUCCAGUGGAGAGAGAUGUAGUCAAAAACACUAUUGACAUGGUAUACAGCAAAGUUUUACAAGAAUAUGAAAUGGAAAUAAUGCCUGAUAAAUAUUUUCUAGAUGACACUAAGGCAUUAGCUGCAAGGAUAACUAAAAUCAUUGUGGCUGAAACUUUUGAUUUCCAAAUUCAUUCAAAUCUUACAGAAAAGCUUCCUUUUAUACCACAUUGCAAACUCAAUACUAAUGUAUUGAUAAAGAGAGUUCAAUGUGACAUUGCAAAAUCAAGAUUCCGAAGACAGGCUUCAACAAUAUAUACUACUAUGUUAUCACAUACUGAUUUGGAAAAAAUUGUCACCCAGCUUAUAUCCCAAAUGAGUUCACUGACAUCCAAUGAAGAAAACUUAGAAUCUUCUCAAUCAGAGUUAAGUAAUGCAGUCAUAAAACUGAUAAAUGAAAUCAUGUCAAUAAUUUCAAAGCAUGCAAUAUGUAUUACUAAACACGGAAAUGAAAAACAAGGUAUGAUUUCAGAAAAAGAGAUCCAGUCUAUGGUUGAUUCCAUUUAUGCUGAUCUUUCAUAUUCAAAUUUAUAUCAGUUUCAUGCAAAGGAUAAAAAAGGUAUAAGUAACAUACCUGUUUCAAAAUUAGCAAGUUUUAUAAUAAAAGAGAUCUUUAACCAUCAUCUUCAGUCAUUUUUAUCAGGAGAUAAAAAACUCUCUCCACCUGCAAUUGAUGAAACUUAUAAACAGAAAGCAAUAGAUCCUAAACAAGAAGAAUUGUCUUUAAUUGUGAACUCGGCCCCCUUUUUGGAAGAAGUAAUUUCUGAGCUUUUAUGUAAACUUCUUUAUUCGUUCUCCCUUAACAGUUUGGCUGCUGAAGACCCAGAAACAGAAAACAUCAAAAUCGUUGACAUUGUUACAACAUUAGUAAAAUCAAUUGUUCUGGAGUUUACCACAUCAGAGAUUUUAGUUGCAGAUAACUUUGAUGAAAAAAUGUGUUUUUCAGAAACAUAUAAAGAAAUGGUUCAAAAAACAGUCAACAUAAUUUAUGAUAAAAUAUUAGAUGAAUAUAAAGUUCUGACUCAAGUAUACAGGGAUAUACAAUGUGAUGCUGCUUGUUUUGGAAGGAAAAUAUAUCAUUUGAUAUUGGAAGAAAUUUAUGAUUAUCAGGUGCAGUCAUUAGUUUCAGGGGGAUUAGCAUCUUCUUCUUCCUAUUCUUUGCCUCAAGCUGAUAAUAUCAUCAGAAAUGUGCUCAAUGUUGUCAUGAAUGAUAGACCUGCCUUGCCUCCCUGUAUUACUGUAUUGCCUCGCUGUCUUUUAGAAGCUAUGAUUUACAAACUGCUAAUGCAUAUCUUUCCUUCAACCAACACUGAAAAUAAACUAAACGAGGAAGAGGUUUCAGAUGAUGAGUUUGUGGAUGCAGCUUCAAAAUUGACUGAUGAAAUUAUCGAAGAAAUUUCUGAACAUGAGAUCCGUCUUGCUACAGCAGAGCAGAAUGCAGAAAGUACACAAUUAGAAGCAAUUGAGAAUUUGAUUGAUUCUAUAUGUAAUAAUAUUUUGAAAAAAUCUGAGUUUCAAGCUGAAGUACAGAAAGAUGCAGACAAAAAGGGAGGCUCGUUCCUCAGUAAAAUAGCUGGUUUCAUUAUUAAAGGAAUCAUGGAUCACCAUCUGAGGCCAUUUUUACAUGAUGAAGAAUCAUCUUCAAGAAACUUACCCGAUUCUAGCCACAUCUCUGCUCUUACUAAUACUGAUAAGGAAAAAAGACAGCCUUCUCUAUAUUCAGCUACAUUUUUGGAAGAUGUAAUUGUUGACCUUGUUCAUAAAUUUUAUCCUCUUCCAAGUAUUACUAAAGAGACUGAGGAAAAAGAAAUGCCAGAGCCAGACAUUGUGGGCUUGGCUAUAAAGUUUGCAAACUCUCUGAUAAGAGAAUUUAGGAAAAGUGAAAUUAAGGUCCUACCAAAUGCCGAAGAGAUAUUUUCAUUUCCACCAAUUGAUAAAGAGACAAUUGAUAAGAUAUCCAAUUUUGUAUAUGAUCAGUUUAUAGUAAAGUAUGGAUCCAAUGAUAUUCAGGCAGAUGAAAAAAAUAACGUUUUUAUAGAAAUGAUUUCCACUUUAGCCCAGAAAGCCAUCUCUGCUUUUAAGAUUCAAACACUUUUUUCAGGAGACUGGUCUUCCACUUUCUUUUCUUUUCUAAAUGCAGAUAAAAUCACCCAAAGGGUUCAAGACAUUCCACAGAAAAUUUCUACCCAGAUUAACAAAUGUUUAAAGGGGAGCCAACUUAUUUUACCAGAACAAUCAUUUGAACAAACUUCUCCAACCUCAGCCCAGAAAAAAGUGUUGGACACUUUGGAAAUAGAGGGAUGUCCGAUGAGUAAAAAGUACAGUUUCGAAACUGAAAAGAUAUCAAUGAAAAAAGGUGCCAUCCAAGGUCCGACGGGUACUACUGUAGCUAGUAUUACAAAAAACAACAUGAUUAAUUUGUUAUCAAGGUCACCUGUAGAUAUGGCAAAUAAAAAGAAAAAGAAUGAUAAAGUAGAAAUUUCAAAUAAAAGAUAUGAGAAUAUAUCAAAAGUUACUUCUCCAACUACUACUGUGAAAAGUAAAGAUAUUCAGGAGUCAAAUUUGACAGGAACACUUGAAAAAAGUAAAAUUAAGAAGACAAGUAUAUCAACUUCAACAGAUGAAGAGAAGCCAGGUAAUGUGGCACAUGCACAAUUUCUGGAAGCUACUGAUGAUUCAGAAUAUAAGAAAAAAGUGCUUGAACCAGAUUCUGAAAUACUCAAUGAAAAGAAGAUUGACAAGAAAAGAACAAUUUCAUUAAAAAAUGACAAGUUCUCUUUGAUAUCUAAUAUGAGUAAUAUAGGGACUAUGACAGAGAAAACUUGGGAAACAAUCACCCAAAUGAGAAACAAAAAGAAAGACUCUCAGACUCAAUUAGAUAAAAAUGAGGAACAAAACACAGAUUAUGAGGCUGUGCAAAUUGUCACUGGAAAUAUUUAUGGCAAUGUCUUCAAUCUAUACUCUUCUCAAGAUUCAGAUUACUCAAACCUCAAAUAUAAUUCCUCAAGUGAUACAGCAUGGCAUGUAAUUCAAGAGGUUGACGAGGACUUUGCCCAGUCUGUUUCAACAAAGGAUUUAUCCCCUUCAAUAAGCCUCCCUGACAAAGAGAAUGAGAAAAAAGGACAGAGGUGGGAGCAAGGUGAUAAAAAACAGGAUGUGGAGAAAAAGCAAAUGAAUGUCAAAAAGAUUAAAAAUGAACCAACUAAACCAGAAGGUUCUCAGUACCCACAAAAAAAUAAACCUGGGAUUUUUCCUGCUAAUUUUUUAGAAGAUGUCAUCACUGAACUGGUUAAUAAAUUGAUCUUUUCCUCCUCACCAAAAACACCAACAUGUGAUAGAUAUCAAGAUGCAAAUAGUGAGGAAAAUCAAGCUCAGCUCUAUAACACAGCUAUGAAACUUACUAAUUCACUGUUGAAAGAGCUUUCCAAUGCUCAAAUUAAGGUAUUUAGGCCAGAAAGGGAAAAUCCGUUUUCUCCACCUGUAGGUAAAGUGUCACCAAUCCCUAACGAAAGUGCAAAGCAUAAAGAAUCAACUAUAGAUGAUGCAUCUUCCAGCAUAAAGAAAAAAACUGUGGAUAAAAUGCCAAUUAUGCAUAAAAUGCCUGAAAAACCCUCUUCAAAUAAAAUACCUUUCCUAGAUAAAGUACCACUGAUCAAUAAAGCAAUGGUCAACAAAGUUGUUCAUGCCUCUGUGUGCAAUAUUUUGAAAAAACACAGAUCUCAAGAUUCCAUUUGUAAGAAUAUACACAGUAAUGGAGACAAAUUAGCAAGACAACUAACUAGUUCAGUGAUAACUGAAAUUUUUCAACAUCAGCUUAAUCUGAUAGUUUGUGAUGAAGUUCCAGCUUCAGCAUGUUUGCCUUUGGAAUCUAAAGACAUUGUUAAAAAAGUCCAAAAGGUGGCUCAAACAGCCAGCAAAGAAUGUCAAACAUCAUCGCCAUAUACCAUCAUGCUGACUCAUGAGUUUUUAGAGAAUGUAAUUUCUGCUCUUUUAUCUAAAAUUUUCUCAACCGAGUCCAACACUGAAGUGGAAAUAUCUCUGGGCAACUUGUUCACAGAACUGGAUUUUCUUCAAAUGAAAUUAAUCAGUAUAAUUAAAACUGAGAUCUCCAAAGAUGAAGAUAUGAUAAUACAGUAUGUGGAAUCCUUACAUCCCAAUGAUGAUGAAAUUAUUCAACUAGUGGUUUAUUCUAUUUAUGAGAAUCUCUUAUCACAGUUUGGGUCACAAGAGAUCAUAAAAGACUGUGUAUCCAGUGGAUGCAGAAUCCUUUCAGAAGCCAUAGUUGACUUAGUUUUACGAGAAGUGGCUGGAAAUCAACUGCAGAAUUAUUUUUCUGGAGAGCUAACUCCAAAUCAGUGUGCGGAAAUUGACAGUGUUGUUGAAAAUAUUCUUAACGAUGUUGUCCAAAGUGCUGAUGCUCCCCAGGUUCAACCAUCUCAUGCUCACACACUGGCUUAUAACAUAGUAGAAGAAAUUGCUGUAAAAUUUUUAUCAAAGCUCUUAUCUAUAUUUCCAAAUGUAGAGAAGGAAAGAACUGACUCUCUAGAAACUGAAAUGCAAAACAUAACCUCAAAAAUAUUAAAUUCAAUACAAGACUUUAUCUCUAAAAGUAAGAUUAAACUUGUACCAUCAGCCAAGGAAUUGCCUACUAUACAUUCAGCUGACAAUGCAACUAUUGAAAAGGUUGUUAAUUCUGUGUAUACCAAUAUUUUAAAGCACUCUGGCUCACAAACUUCUGUACUUAAAGAUUUAAUGGGCAAGAGUAAUGUCCUCUCUGAUAUAAUAGGUUUUUUAAUGGUGAAGGAAAUUUCAAAUUCUGAAUUUCAACCUCAAGUAGAGGAAGAAGUACCAAGUUCAGAAUUAGUUCUAGAAACUGUCAAAGUUAUGAAAAAAGUGAUCAAAAUACUUGAUGAAUUUCACUCCCAGGGUAAAUCUUCAUCCAUAAAAGGUUCUAUGUUAGAUGCCACUUUUUUAGAAGAAGCAUUAGCCUUAUUUUUGGCUAAAAUAGUGAAGUUGCCAAGUGCCUCAAGCAAAGAUGAAAAACCCUUAUCAAAGCCUGAAUUAAACAGGAUUGCUUCACAACUGACAAAAUCUGUGACAGCUGAAAUAUCUAAAAGUAAUAUUAAUCUUUUUGCUGCUGACUCUGAAGAACACCUUUUACAACCAGAAAGUAUAGAAAUGGUUUCUCAGGUCAUUGAUUCUAUUUAUAGUACCAUAUUGCAACAAUCUGGAACCCAGGAAGAACUUUAUUAUGAUAUAAAAGAUUCAAACAAAGUCUUCCCCCAAAAAGUAGCUAGUUUAAUUCUUAAUGAAGUUACUAAUAUUCCAGUAGAGAGAGUGAAUUCAAAUGUUGAUCUUUUUAGUGAUCUAAACAUUAAUAGAAUUGUUCAGAAGGCAGAAGAGCAUGCUGAUAAAAUGUCUCCUGAAUCAGAGAACAUGUCGAAUAAAACUUUAAUGGAAGAAAAACUUCCAAUAAAAAUAGUUCCACAUGUUGGGCAAAAACCAAUCAAAAUAGACCCAGACAUUAUCUCAGAACACUUAGCAGUAAUUUCUAUAAAAACUAAACCUCUUGAGAAUCUUAAGAUGGAGUGUUUAAGAAAUACUGGACACAGCAUAGCAGAACUGAGAAAAGCAUCAAUAAGUGGGGAACAUUACUUCUCACCAGGCCUAUCUAAUAUAAACAAAAUGCAGAGAGAGAGACGCAUAUCACUGAAUAAGUUGGGACGACUGGAUGUAAAACCCUUCGAGGCUGCUUGCAGAAAUUCAUUUCAAAAUGUAAGAAAGCCUGAUAUUACCAGAGUAGAACUUUUAAAAGAUGUUCGCAACAAAGAAGAGCUGAUUAUUCGACUAGUAGCUCAUGAUAUUGAACAAGACAUAGAAAAUAAAAGAAUAGAGGAAAUUGAUGAAGAAGAAGUUAUUUUAAGAGAGAUUACAAAAGAAGAAUUGGAAAAACCCGAAUCUCAAAUGAAAGAGACUACAAGCCCAGUAGGAAGCAAAGUUGCUUCUCCCAAGCCAAUAAUAUGCACGAGCAACCUGAGAAAAAUUUUGUCACUAAGCAAAUGUUGUCAACCAACAUCCAGUGCACAUAUUGAAAGUAUCGAAGCAACCUCAAGUCAUACACUAGAACUUAAGGAGAGACAAAUUAAAAGAGCUGCUGCUAAGCUUCCCAUGACCAGAUGCUCAACAACCUUCACUGAAACAGAUUCACGUAGGGAGAAAAAGUCACAGCAAAAGAAAGAAGAAAAGAAUAUUGCUGAACCAACACAUUACCUCAUACACAGAAUUAUGAGUUCAUCAUCAUACAACCAAGAAGAUCUGAUUUCAUCUGCCGGUGAGACUGAAGACCAUAGCCCAGAUGCAAGUGCUAAAAUAUUAGAAGAAAGUUCCCAGGAACAAAAGCCAGAGAGUUCAAACAGCUUUAAGUUUAUCACCAUCUUUGAAGGAAACAAGAACGUUGUUGAUGGUGCGUAUCCCUCGAAAGACAUAGUUUCAGAAACUCCCAAGCCUCGUGGUGCCAAACAUGGACCUAAAAUGCUGGUGAAGGUAUCUUCAGCUCUGUCAAAGGUGUUUUCUCGAAGUAACUCCAAUGUUUCCAAAUCUCGCUCACCACCUCACCAGGAUAAGCUCUGAAUCUUCUAUACCUAAGAUAACUAUGCUUGAUCUUCUAUACCUAAGAUAACUAUGCUUGCUUCCCUUAGAAAAUAAAAUGGUUUUUAAAACAUUCCAAUGUCCUUUAAGA